AUGGAAGGGAAAAAGUCUAAAUAUCUUAUGACCAUUACUUUAAACAAUAUAAAAUCGAUGAAUUAUAAACUAUGGGGGUAUUGUGACUCUAACCUUUUAUUUGAAGUGUUUCAAGCAAUCAGUAUAACUGUUAAAAAGAUUUUGAUGUGUUGGAUUUUAGAUAACAAGGGUAUUCUUUAUGUUCAAGAUCCAACUAGAGAUCCAAAUAUGUUAAAAGUCAUUCAAUCUACUCUUAAAGGUACAUUAAACCAUUCAUUCGCAGGGCUCGAAUAUGGUCUCAAAGGGUCUAGAGCUAAUGAUAAUCACAUUAUUCGGUCAAUUGGAUCUCUCGGCGGGGGCCAAUCUUUACUAUUAAUGAAACAUUAUCUAGAAUUGCUACUGAAAUUGCUGGUCAAAAUAUCUCAAGACUUUCCUGAUGAUAUAGAUGAUACAAGACUACUGGUACUUUCCCAUUUGAUUGUAUUGAAUUAUAGUGAGCUAACAUCAACGUAUUUAAAGUUGAAAUGGUUCUAA